ACCGCUUUCCAGAGCGCGAACGCCCCGGUGGCUGCUGGGGAGCAGAGGGGCAGGCUCGGGCAGCUCCUCAGCUGUGUCGGCGAUGAUAAAACUUGAGAAAUAUCAAGGAGUGGCCUCUCCGCGUCCUCUGGGUCCAAUCUGGUUUCAGGAGUGAAGUUGCUCCCGGGCAGGCAAGCCUGAGAGAGGCCAAAGACACUUAAAGACAAGCAGCGGCGAGAAAAGCACCUCCCGCGCCCCACACCUCAGCAGGUCUCGCUCUCGGCACCCUCCCGGCGCCCGCGUUCUCCUGGCCCUGCCCCGCAUCCCGAUGGCAGCCGCUGGGCCCCCGCGCUCCGUGCGCGAAGCCGUCUCCCGGCAGCUGCUGUUGACCCUCGUGAUCUUCAGUCUUGCUGGUGAAGCCUGCAAAAAGGUGAUACUUAAUGUACCUUCUAAACUAGAGGCAGACAAAAUAAUUGGCAGAGUUAAUUUGGAAGAGUGCUUCAGAUCUGCAGACCUCAUCCAGUCAAGUGAUCCUGAUUUCAGAGUUCUAGGUGAUGGGUCAGUGUACACAGCCAGGGCUGUUGUACUGUCUGAUGAGAAAAGAUCAUUUACCAUAUGGCUUUCUGACAAAAGGAAACAGACACAGAAAGAGGUCACUGUGCUGCUAGAACAUCAGAAGAAGGUAUUGAAGACAAGACACACUAGAGAAACUGUUCUCAGGCGUGCCAAGAGGAGAUGGGCACCUAUUCCUUGCUCUAUGCAAGAGAAUUCCUUGGGCCCUUUCCCUUUGUUUCUUCAACAAGUUGAAUCUGAUGCAGCACAGAACUAUACUGUCUUCUACUCAAUAAGUGGACGUGGAGUUGAUCAAGAACCUUUAAAUUUGUUUUAUAUAGAAAGAGACACUGGAAAUCUAUUUUGCACUCAGCCUGUGGAUCGUGAAGAAUAUGAUGUUUUUGAUUUGAUUGCUUAUGCGUCAACUGCAGAUGGAUAUUCAGCAGAUCUGCCUCUCCCACUACCCAUCAGAGUAGAAGAUGAAAAUGACAACCACCCUGUUUUCACAGAAGCAAUUUAUAAUUUUGAAGUUUCAGAAAGUAGUAGACUUGGUACUACAGUGGGGGUGGUUUGUGCCACAGACAGAGAUGAACCGGACACAAUGCACACGCGCCUGAAAUACAGCAUUUUGCAGCAGACACCAAGAUCGCCUGGGCUGUUUUCUGUGCAUCCCAGCACAGGUGUAAUCACCACAGUCUCUCAUUAUUUGGACAGAGAGGUUGUAGACAAGUACUCAUUGAUAAUGAAAGUACAAGAUAUGGAUGGCCAGUUUUUUGGAUUGAUAGGCACAUCAACUUGUAUCGUAACAGUAACAGAUUCAAAUGAUAAUGCACCCACUUUCAGACAAAAUGCUUAUGAGGCAUUUGUAGAGGAAAAUGCAUUCAAUGUGGAAAUCUUACGAAUACCUGUAGAAGAUAAGGAUUUAAUUAAUACUGCCAAUUGGAGAGUCAAUUUUACCAUUUUAAAGGGAAACGAAAAUGGACAUUUCAAAAUCAGCACAGACAAAGAAACUAAUGAAGGUGUUCUUUGUGUCGUAAAGCCACUGAAUUAUGAAGAAAACCAUCAAGUGAACCUGGAAAUUGGAGUAAACAAUGAAGCACCAUUUACUAGAGAUAUACCCAGAGUGACAGCGUUGAACAGAGCCUUGGUUACAGUUCAUGUGAGGGAUCUGGAUGAGGGGCCUGAAUGCACCCCUGCAGCCCAAUAUGUGCGGAUUAAAGAAAACUUAGCAGUGGGGUCAAAGAUCAAUGGCUAUAAGGCAUAUGACCCCGAAACUAGAAAUGGCAAUGGUUUAAGGUACAAAAAAUUGCGUGAUCCUAAAGGUUGGAUCACCAUUGAUGAAAUUUCAGGGUCAAUCAUAACUUCCAAAAUCCUGGAUAGGGAGGUCGAAACUCCCAAAAAUGAGUUGUAUAAUAUUACAGUCCUGGCAAUAGACAAAGAUAAUAGGUCAUGUACUGGAACACUUGCUGUGGACAUUGAAGACGUAAAUGAUAAUCCACCAGAAAUACUUCAAGAAUAUGUAGUCAUAUGCAAACCAAAAAUGGGGUAUACCGACAUUUUAGCUGUUGAUCCUGAUGAACCUGUCCAUGGAGCUCCAUUUUAUUUCAGUUUGCCAAAUACUUCUCCAGAAAUCAGUAGACUGUGGAGCCUCACCAAAGUUAAUGACACAGCCGCCCGUCUUUCAUAUCAGAAAAAUGCUGGAUUUCAAGAAUAUACCAUUCCUAUUACUGUAAAAGACAGGGCCGGCCAAGCUGCAACAAAAUUAUUGAGAGUUAAUCUAUGUGAGUGUACUCAUCCAGCUCAGUGUCGUGUGACUUCAAGGAGCGCAGGAGUAGUACUUGGAAAAUGGGCAAUCCUCGCAAUACUACUGGGUAUAGCACUGCUCUUUUCUGUAUUGCUAACUUUAGUAUGUGGAGUUCUGGGUGCAACUAAAGGCAAACGUUUUCCUGAAGAUUUAGCACAGCAAAACUUAAUUAUAUCAAACACAGAAGCACCUGGAGAUGAUAGAGUGUGCUCUGCCAAUGGAUUUAUGACCCAGACUGCCAACAACUCUAGCCAAGGUUUUUGUGGCACCGUGGGAUCAGGAAUGAAAAAUGGAGGACAGGAAACCAUUGAAAUGAUGAAAGGAGGAAACCAGACCUUGGAAUCCUGCCGGGGGGCUGGGCACCAUCACACCCUGGACUCCUGCAGGGGAGGACACACGGAGGUGGACAACUGCAGAUACACCUACUCGGAGUGGCACAGUUUCACUCAGCCCCGUCUCGGUGAAAAAUUGCAUCGAUGUAAUCAGAAUGAAGACCACAUGCCAUCCCAAGAUUAUGUCCUUACUUAUAACUACGAGGGAAGAGGAUCUCCAGCUGGUUCUGUGGGCUGCUGCAGUGAAAAACAGGAAGAAGACGGCCUUGACUUUUUAAAUAAUUUGGAACCCAAAUUUAUUACAUUAGCAGAAGCAUGCACAAAGAGAUAAUGUCACAGUGCUACAAUUAGGUCUUUGCCAGACAUUCUGGAGUUUUCCAAAAAUAAUAUUGUAAAGUUCGAUUUCAACAUGUAUGUAUAUGAUGACUUUUUUUUUUCUCAAUUUUGAAUUAUACUACUCACCAAUUUAUAUUUUUUAAGCAUGUUGUUGCUUAUCUUUUCCAAAAAGUGAAAAAUGUUAAAACAGACAACUAGUAAAUCUCAAGCUGCAGCAUUGGAAUUAAGGUCUCUAAAGCAUCUGCUCUUCUUUUUUUUUUUUUUUUUUUUACAGAUAUUUUAGUAAUAAAUAUGUUGGAUAAAUAUUAGUCCAACAAUAGCUAAGUUAUGCUAAUAUCACAUUAUUAUAUAUUCACUUUGAGUGAUAGUUUAAAAAAUAAACAAGAAAUAUUGAGUAUUACUAUGUGAAGAAAAAUUUGGAAAAGAAACACUGAAGACUGAAUUAACUUAAAUGUUGCAGCUCAUAAAGAAUAGGGACUCACCUCUACUGCACUACCAAAUUCAUUUGACUUUGGAGGCAAAAUUUGUUGAAGUGCCCCAUGAAGUAGCAAUUUUCCAUAGGAAUAUAGUUGGAAAAAAAUGUGUGUACAUAUAUUAUUAUUAAUCAAUGCAACAUUUAAAAUGAAAACAAAGAGGAAAAUUGUAAAAACUUGAAAUGAGGCUGGGGUAUAGUUUGUCCUACAAUAGAAAAAAGAGAGAGCUUCUUAGGCCUAGCUCUUAAAUGCUGCAUUAUAACUGAGUCUAUCAGGAAAUAGUUCCUGUCCAAUUUGUGUAAUUUGUUUAAAAUUGUAAACAAAUUAAACUUUUCUGGUUUCUGUGGAAAGGAAAGAGGGAACCCGAUGGAACAGUAGGUUUGCUUUGCAGUCUGUUUCAAGAUUUCUGUAUCCACAAGUUGGUAGCAAACUUGGGAAUACUCGCUGUAGCUAGGGUUCCCUGUUUUUUGGUAGCAAGGGUCCAGAGAUGAGGUGUUUCUUUGGGGAGCUAAUAACAAAAACAUUUUAAAACUUACCUUUACUGAAGUUAAAUCCUCUAUUGCUGUUUCUGUUCUCUCUUAUAUUGACCAACAUCUUUUUAAUUUAGAACCAAAUAGCCAUGUGCUCCCGGAGUAUAGAGGCUAGAGGGAGCUGAGGGGUGGAUCUCACUGAAAGCACCCUGGGGAGAUUGACUGUCCUUAGGCCUAAGCCCCACAAACUUGACACCUGAUCAGGGCCUGAGAGCUACAAAAUUUCAUUUUUCUCCUUACCACCCUUCUUCUGAGUGGUAUUGGCGUGAAUCAAGGAAAGCCAGGCCUCGUGGGCCCCCUUCUUUCAGCUUUCUGCUAACAUUGUCAGCAACGCCUCCAGCAGAGAUUCCCUUAAGUGACAAAUACUCCAGGUUUUCCACCAUCCUUCAGUGUGAAUUAAUUUUUAAUCAGUUUGCUUUCUCCAGAGAAAUUUUAAAAUAAUAGAAGAAAUAGAAACUUUGAAUGUAUAAAAGGAAAAGAUCAAGUUGUCAUUUUAGAACAGAGGGAACUUUAGGAGAAAGCAGCCUAAGUAAGGCAUUUGGAAGUCAGAGGGCAACAUGAAGACGCAGGCCUUCUAGGGCAAUGAGAGGACACAAGGACUAUGGGUGAGAGUAAAGGCAACAUAAUCUACUUCAUACUUUUUCCUAGGCUUGGCACUGCCUUUUCCUUUCCCAGGCUAAUGGCAACUGCCAUUUGAGUCUGCUGAGGGAUCAGCCAACCUCUUCUCUAUGGCUAACCUUAUUUGGAGUGAGAAAUCCAGGAGACAGAGCUGACUGAAUGAUGAGUAGGCUUGGCACUGCCUUUUCCUUUCCCAGGCCAAUGGCAACUGCCAUUUGAGUCCGCUAAGGGAUCAGCCAACCUCUUCUCUAUGGCUAACCUUAUUUGGAGUGAGAAAUCAAGGAGACAGAGCUGACUGAAUGAUGAGUCUGAAGGCAUUUGCAGGAUGAGCCUGAACUGGUUGUGCAGAACAAACAAGGCAUUCAUGGGAAUUGCUGUAUUCCUUCUGUAGCCCUCCCUCUGGGCACUAAGAAGGUCUAUGAAUUAAAUGGGUAUCUAAAAUUCUGAUUUAUUCCUACAUUUUUUGUUUUCUAAUUUGACCCUGAAAUAUAUGUGUUUUAGAUUUACACUUUUUAUUUUCCUUUUUUUUUUUUUUUUUGAGACGGAGUCUCGCUCUGUCGCCCAGGCUGGAGUGCAGUGGCAGCGAUCUCGGCUCACCGCCUCCCGGUUCACGCCAUUCUCCUGCCUCAGCCUCCCGAGUAGCUGGGACUACAGGCGCCCGCCACCACACCCAGCUAAUUUUUUGUAUUUUUAGUAGAGACGGGGUUUCACCGUGUUAGCCAGGAUGGUCUCCAUCUCCUGACCUCGUGAUCCGCCCACCUCGGCCUCCCAAAGUGCUGGGAUUACAGGCGUGAGCCGCCGCGCUUGGCCUUAUUUUCCGUUUAAAGUUUUCUUAUUUUAAUGUAAUCAUUUUGAACAUGUGUGAAAGUUGAUCAUACGAAUUGGAUCAAUCUUGAAAUAACCAAAAGACAGUAGAGAAGCCAGGGGGAGAAAACUCAGGGCACAAAAUAUUGCUCUGAGAAUGGAGUUCUCUGCAAGCCUCGUUGAUGAAAUUGUCUACUGUAACCAGAAGCCAGUUUUAUCUAAUGGCUACUGAAACACCCACUGUGGUUUGCACACUCCCUCACUCGCCAAUCAAAACGUGCCACCUCCCCAAGACCUUACAAGUGCCGACAAACUUUCUCUAAGAGCAACCAGUAUCACUUCCCUGUUUAUAAAACCUCUAACCUUCUCUUUGUUCUUUGAACAUGCUGAAAACCACCUGGUCUGCACGUAUGCCCUAAUUUGCAAUUCUUUCAUCUCAAAUGAAAAUUUAAUUUCAGGGAUUCAUUUCUAUGUUUUAUUUGACUUUCUCAUAUGUAGUAUUAUUAUUUCCUUAUAUGUGUAAAAUGAAAUUUAUGGUAUUUGAGUGUGCAAGAAAAUAUAUUUUUAAAGCUUUCAUUUCUCCCCCAGUGAAUGAUUUGGAAUCUUUAUGUUAAUGUACAGAUUUUUUUUUCUUAUUUUUAUAAGGAAGCAGCUGUCUAAAAUGCAGUGGGGUUUGUUUUGCAACGUUUUAAACAGAGCUUUAAUACUGCUGUUAAAAGAAGUUCCUUUGCUUUUAAAGAAACGUGGCUGCUUAAAAUAAGCAGAAAUUGGAUGUGUAAAGUAAUAUUUACAGAUAUGGGGGGAUGUAAUAAAACAACAUUAACUUGGUUUCUUGUUUUUGCUGUAUUUAGAGAUUAAAUAAUUCUAAGAUGAUCACAUUGCAAAAUUGUGCUUAUGGCUGGCAUGGAAAUAGAAAUACUCAGUUAUGUCUUUGUUGUACUAAUGGGGAAUAUUUUGGACAAUGGGUCAUUAUCAAAUUGUCGGGAUCAUUAAUAUAUAUUGUAAUGUUGGGAAGAGAUCACUAUUUUGAAGCACAACUCUACAAAUGAGUAUCUAUGUAUACAUAUGUAUAAUACACUUUGAUUGGGUAUUAAAAGUAUUAGAAGGUGGUUAUAUAAUUGCAGAGUAUUCCAUGAAUAGUACACUGACACAGGGGUUUUACUUUGAGGAGCAGUGUAGUCAAGGGAAAACAUGAGUUAAAAAGAAAAGCAGCAAUAUUGCAGUCUUGAUUCUGCCACUUACAGGAUAGAUAACGCCUGAACUUUAAUCACAAGAUGAUCCAACCAUAAAGGUGCUCUGUGCUUCACAGUGAAUCUUUUCCCAAUGCAGGAGUGUGCUCCCCCACAAGUGUAAGACUGAUCAUUUCAAAAAUGUAUUAGUUAUAUCAAAAGCCUUAAAUUUUAAUAUAGGUUGAACCAAAAUUUCAAUUCCAGUAACUUCUAUUGUAACCAUUAUUUUUGUGUAUGGCUUCAAGAAUGUUCAUUGGAUUUUUGUUUGUAAUAGCAAAAUACUGGAUA